UGUAUUCUGUUACAUCAUCAGCGCGCGCCCAGUUCAACAUGGCGGCUGUUGUUUAGUUGUUAUUGAUCUGCGGUUCCGAAUCAACCCAAACUCAUUGAAUCCGACAGCCUUUCUCGUCUUCUUCCACCAUGAGCGAUGAGAAGAACACAGAGGGCCGUAACUUCUUCAUGGGUUUUGAUGAUCUGAGCGACAGCAGCAGUGAUUCGGACAGUCAUGAGUCCAGUAAGAAGAGCCGCGGCGAAGCGGAACCGUCCGGAUCAUCCAACCCGCAGAGCCGCAAACGAGCCGCCGAACCGCUGCCGAAACCGGACGAUCUGUUCCGAUCCGUCAGCAAACCCGCGUUCCUCUAUAACCCGCUGAAUAAAGUCAUCGACUGGGACAGAAGAACCGUCAAAGCGCCAGAAGAGGCUCCGAAGCCGUUCAAGAUGUGGAAGAACAACGCCGUUCCUCCUCCACAGACGUACGUGACGGAGGAGAAGAAGAAAGGGCCUCCUGCUGGGAUGGACAUGGCCAUCAAAUGGUCCAAUGUGUACGAGGACAACGGAGACGACGCCCCUCAAGCCAACCAUGGCCCCGCCCACUUCCUGCCGGAGGAGGAGGAGCCACAGCAGCCGGACUCUGAUGACGAAGAAUCGAUGAAGAAGUCUGCUAAGAAACGUCACGUGGAAACAUUUCAGCAGAAGGAGAAGAGAAAGCGGGACAUCGGACAGGCCACGUCAGAUAAGAACUUUGUGGAGGAGGAGAAGCGGAUCCUCCGUCAGUGUGCCGACUGAAGCGUGUCACCCCGUUUUAAUCUUCCACGAGUCUGGGACAUUUUACAUGUGUUAUUCCCAUAUCAUGUCCACGUGUAAAGGGAAUGAGUUUAGGAUGCUUCCACGCGGCUUUCUUUAAUGACGUGUUUGUGUUUUAGACGUCAAGUUUGCUUUCAACUGUAAAUGUAUAGCUUGUAUAGAACAUUCUCUAAUGGUUAUUUUGGUUUGAUGUUUCUUGUAUGUUUCCAAUGAUUUGUAGAUUCUCAAAUGGAUAAAAUCAUUCUCUCUGA